AUGGGAUUGGGUGAUGCGGAUCUUCUGGAUGAUGGUGAUAGGGGUGGGGGCAAGGCAGAAUCGGCGGUUGUUUCGUGCUCAAUUUGCUUAGAAGGGGUGACUGAUAAUGUGGCUAGAUCCUAUGCCAAGCUUCAAUGCGGCCAUCAAUUUCACCUUGAUUGUAUAGGUUCGGCAUUUAACAUUAAGGGAGCAAUGCAGUGUCCCAACUGUCGAAAAAUUGAGAAAGGUCAAUGGCUUUAUGCCAAUGGUAGUCGUCCGUUGCCUGAAUUUAGCAUGGAUGACUGGGCCCAUGAUGAGGAUCUAUAUGAUCUAAGCUAUUAUGAAAUGUCAUUUGGAGUUCAUUGGUGUCCAUUCGCGGGAUUAACUCGGCUUCCUUCAUCUUUUGAUGAAGGAGAAUUUCCAUCAAGUGCAUAUCAUGAUCUUGGACAACAUGCUAUCUCUGCCGGACAUACAGCUUUAUCAUCUAUGGCACAUCCAUGUCCUUAUAUUGCGUACUUUGGACCAAUUCAUCCAUCUUCAACCUCUAGUGGAACUAUAUCGGAUGGAUCUAAUUUUAAUAAUCAGUGGAGUGCCCAAUCAGUUCCAGGUGAGAUACCCAGUUCUUAUGCUUUUCCCACCAGGGAUGUACAUUAUCGCAGUUUGGAGCACCACACCUCUCCGUUUGCUACAAGCAGCCACAUUGGGGGUGCAGAUCAAUCCUUGAUGCCAUCCAUGACUCAGAGAACAGCUAGGACAAGUUCUGAUAUCCCAGGACCUGGAUCCGCCAUGCACCCAUUAUUUGUUGGCCACAGUACCGCUAGCAGAACGCCCAGUUCUACCUCAUCAAUGGUUCCUCCUUACCCCGGUAGUGUGGCUCGGGCACGUGAUAGGGUUCAGGCUCUUCAUGGAUAUUUUCAGCAACCCAGUGGUAGCCCAGCUGCAAACGCACCUCUUAUACCUACCUCUCGAAGAUCCAACAGUCAUAGGGGUUUGGCGCAGAUCGCUCCUGUGGCUUCACCAUCGGAUCAAUCCGGUGGCUUUUACUAUUUCUCAUCAGGUUCAUCUGGAAGAACUUUCCAAGAAACGGAAAAUCCUGUUCCUAAUCGCUUUCAUUCUUGGGAUCGAGAACACUUGCCUUCCUUCUCAUUAGGCCAGGUCGAAAGAGAUCCCAUUUGGAGGCCAUUCCAUCCAGCAGCUGGUGGAUCUGAUACUGGAAUCAGAUCUGGAAGUUUCCGCCAGAGGCAUGGAUCUGAGAGGAUGCCAUCUCAAAAUCGGUCAUAG